AUGACCAUGUCGAGCUUCAAGCCGACAAGCUCCUGGUUGGUGCCAUUGGACAAACGCGAGACAGCCAGCACCUGCAGCACGGGCACCAACUUUGCCCUCGAGUCGUGCUACUCGCGUGAUGGCUGCUCGAACGGCAAUGUCAACACAGGCCUCGAUCCAUCUGCUGCCGUUUGGCCAAUUCUCGCCAAGACCCGCAUCCUCGAACUCAACAGCACAAUCUCGCGUGUUGAAUCCUUGAUCCAACUAGGCGAGCCGCACCUCUCCGCCGAGUUGCUUGUUGCGCAAAUUGCUCGCGACACGCUGUCAGCGCGUUUCGAGAGCCAAGUUGUCGACUCACGCACAAGCAUGGACUUGGCCAAGCUGUCCGUCGAACUCGAGGUGGUCGAUCUGCAAAACGAGCUGUCUGCGUCCCACACUCGCCAAGAGUCCGAUCUGCCGACCAAAACGGUUGCUCUCGAGCAGCUGGAGCUGGACGCUCGUAUGGCAUCUGCACGAGCGACAAUCAACAUGCCUGGGAGUGGCGUGACGUCGUACAAGAACAUUGGCAUGCUCGGAUUCGGAUACCACAUCUUCAAGGGCAACCCUCUUCCGUCGUCCGGUGUCGAUCCCGGGUUCACCUUGCCUGUCCUCAAGGUGGAUUACUCGAUGCGUCGCAUGACCGCUGAUGGCAGCACGAUGCUUCCUGACCGCGUCGCCGUCAUUCCGUACGCUUCCGCGCAGUUUGACAGUCGUUCCCACCUCGUAACGACCUCGUCGGAGUACGCAGAAAGCUUGGAAGUGGACGUGUCCAUCGAAACCUCCUUCUCGUUCAGUGCUCUCGUUGAAGGUGGAGGUGCCAAGUUUUCGGCGUCGAACGACUACAAGCAGGCCUCAGAGAUGCAUCAGUCGUCCGAAUCUGUUUCAAUCACCACCAUUGGCACCGUCUUGACAUAUGUGGCAGAGUUCCUGGAUGACACGCCUCCGCUCGCCGACCAUGUCAUUGAGAUGUUCAACGCGCUCCCGCCGCCCGCGUGCUGUGAUGGUCUUGUGCUUCCCUCGCACGCUGGAGUGAGCAAGGAUCGUUCGGCGUGCACCGCAAUCCAUGCAAACUGUGGCGACCUUUACCUUCGGUUUUUGGACAAGGUGGGGACCCACACCCUCAUCGGCGUCCACAUGGGCGGGAAGUCCAUUCGAGUGUACACCAUGGCACAAACCGAGUUUGAGUCGAGCGUGGAACAGUCGGAUGCGUUCAAGUCAUCAUUGUCGCUUUCGUCUUCUGGAAUCGAGUCGAGCUCCAUCGACACGUCCUUGAGCAUCAACAAGCAAAGCUCCCUUAAGCAAGCCGUCAAGGAUCGCACCGAGUCCCGCCGCGAGACGUUCAUGGGUGGUGACCCAACCGCAGGCACAAAUGAUCCGGAAGACCCCACAAACAUGGACGGUGACAAGGAGUGGAGCACGACGGUGUCGAAGAAUCCAGUUCCGAUCAAGUACGAGUGCGAGUGCCAGCGCCGCACGCAGGUUCACAGGAUGACCACGUCGACACUUCCCACUUGA